AAAGAGUGACGUCAUCUGUUGACUUGCUCCCAGACGCCGACCGCGAGGAAAAGACAGCCGACUGUCCCGCGUCUCCAAAUGGCGACAGACAUGGAAAGACUGGCCUCUUUCGAGGAGGCCUACUACGACCAGUACGACUACUACAACCUGCACGAAUACCCGUGCCACGCCGGCGGCAAGGGCCGAACCAAGAGGGAGAUCGAGCUGAACACGAACCGCCAUUGUCCCGCGGGACACGAGAGGAAGCUCGCCGAAAAAUAUCACAACAGCCAAAUGAAGCGCAGAAGAACCAAGAGCGCGUCCUCGUGAUGCCGUUGUUUUUGUUUUGCUUUUCUGGAUGCUUAUAGGUCAGUUGGAUUUCUGACGUCGACAAUGGCCACGAGUCUCCCUGGUCUUUCCCGAUCCAGCAAACGGAGGCCGUGACAUUGAGGACGUCAGCCGUUCACCGGUCACGAGAAAGCCCCGUAACAGGAGCCAGCCCUCUCAUGUUCCAGCUGUGCGACAAUAUUUAGUGUUGGGCGAUGUGGGGGUCAGUUUGUGUGUGCUUGAUUUACCUGUGUAAACAUGGUGUCCGUGGGCGAAGACGGCAUCACGCUGUAUUUUAAUGAAAUAAAAACGUCUUACUUUUAAGCUUC